UCCCAUCCCUCCCCUUCCAGCCUUCCUCCACGGUCCACGCCACCAGUCGAGUCCACCGCUCCAUAACUCCAUUCCUCCGGCCUCCGCACGCCCUACUUCUCCAUUCCGCAAAGAGGGGCCAGGCGUCAAGGGCGCGGCUGCUCUCUGCUGGACGCGCGUCAUGGGCGCCGCCGAGAACCCCCCGGCGCCGCCGCGGCAGGAGUCUGCACCAGUCAGGGGAGCGGCUCCGACGCCGGCGACGGAGGCGGUGGAGAAGGUGGUCGUCGUGGACCAGGCGCCGCCCCCGCAAGCGGCGUCGAGGCUGCAGGCGCAGCGGCCGCUGGCGCCGCUGCAGGUCACCACGCAGGCGCCGCCGCCGCCCAUGACGGUGGCCUCCGGCGCCGUCGAGCCGCCGCCGCAGUUGGCAGCGUACCAGCCUGUCAUGCAGCCUCCGCAGCAGGGGCCGCUUCCGUCGCUCAACUCAAGCAAGUACACCAACGGCAUAACGCUGUGCCUCUUCCUGCUCCACCUUGCCGCCGCGGCAGCCGCCAUGGGGUUCUUCGUGUUCAAGACCGUCCAGGAGAUCAGCCAGCACCCAAGGUCGCACGACGCGCAGCGAGAGCGCAGCCUGCUGCGGGACUGGCUGCUGCCCGUGGAGGGCGCGGUGGCGCUCAGCAUCGUGCUGGCCUUCGCGUGGCAGAAGGCCGUGCGCGCGUGGCCGCGCGCUAUGGUGCGCGUCAUCCUCUGGUCCAGCUUCGGUGUGACCCUGGCCGUGGGCGCGCUGCUCAUGUGCUUCUCGAUGCUGGCCACUGUGGGGCUGGGCGUGGCGAUGGUGGUGUUCUCCAUCGGCACCGGGCUGUACGCGUGCUGGGUGACGCGGCGUGUGGGCUUCACGGCGCGGGUGUUCGAGCGCGCGGUGCAGCCGGUGGAUAAGUUCCACGGUUUGAAUGGCCCCGCGUACCUGAUGGUGGCGGCGGGCUUCGCGUGGAUCUCCGUGUGGUGCGUGGCGGUGAUCGGAGCUGUGAACUUCCGCUUCCCCGGGCUCACCAUCCUGGGGCUGGUGGUCAGCCUGGCGUGGACCGCCGAGGUGAUGCGGAACGUGGCGAACCUGACGGUGAGCCGGGUGAUCGCGCUCUACUACCUGCGCGGCAUGCAGUCGAGCGUGCAGUUCAGCUUCCACCGCGCGCUGUCGCACAACCUCGGCAGCGCCUGCCUGGGCUCGCUCUUCGUGCCCACCAUCGAGGCGCUCCGCAUCCUGGCGCGCGGGCUCAACCUGCUGGAGGGCGAGGACGAGUUCAUGUUCUCCUGCGCGCACUGCUGCCUCCACGUCAUGAACGCCAUCUUCAGCUUCGGCAACAGCUGGGCCUUUGUCCACAUCGCGGCGUACGGGCGAGGGUUCGUGCAGGCGUCGCGGAGCACGUGGAGCCAGUUCGAGGCGCUGCCGGGGAUGGCGGCGCUGGUGGACUCGGACAUCACCAGCUCCGUGUGCUUCCUGACGGGCGUGACGAGCGGCGCGCUGUGCGUGGCGCUGGCGGGGUCCUGGGCGUUCGCGACGCACCGGCACUACACGGCCACCGUGUCGCUGCUGGCCUUCUACGUCGGGUACCUGAUGACCCGCAUCGGCAUGGCGCUGCCCCAGGCGUGCGUCGGCUGCUACUACGUCUGCUACGCCGAGAACCCCACGUCGCGGCUCUUCGACGGUAACAUACCGAACCAGCUGAGCAAGAUGCAGGAAAGCCGCGGCCCGUCCGUGCCGACGCCGCGGUUCCCGCACCGCCAGCACGUCGGCGCGUGAGUGAGACGACGGAGCUUCUUUUCCCUCGUGUGCCACCGCCGCUCGUCGGUGUGGCUUGAUCCGGAUGAGGGCGGCGGCUCGUACGGCGGUCUGGAGAUCAAAUUUUAUUUUUCUAGUUUUGUAAAUUUAUUUAUCCAUUUUUUAGCUGACAGAAAUGGUGAAUCCCCAAUAUUUUGGGUGUAUGUAGACAGAGUACUAUUCUUGCAUAGGAGUUAUGUGAAUAUUUUAACUAACUGAAUCAGAAUCAGGCUUUGUC